AUGAACAAUCUUAUUUAACCUAAUGAUAAGUCUUCCUCAGGAUAACAUAAUAAAUAAGUACCUCAACCUAUCUCUUUAGAACAUCUAGAAAAAACAGAAUCUUAAGAAUUACCUUAAGAAUUUAAUGAUAUAAAUGAUGAGAAGGAUAAACCAUAAAGUUCUAUUUUAGUCCAUUUUGAAUCCUAUAGUAAAUUAUUUUCAGAUAAAGAUAUAAUCGUAAAACUUUACAUAUUAUUGAUUUUUUUUAAAAAAAUAACAUUGUUUUUUUCCAAAUGCAAAGUAAAUAAGAAUUUGAAAUAUAUUAAAAAAAUAUUUUAAAAAAGAAACUGUAAGCUGAAAAAGACAUUCUAUAAAAAACUCUUGCUCAGACUGUUGCUGAAAAAGUUCAGAUACUUGCUGAAAAAAAUCAGAUGCUUGCUGAAAAAGAUCACAAUCUAGCUAAAAAAGAUGAAGAUAUAAAAAAGCUGCUUGCUUUAAUUUCCUAAUACCAAUCUUAAGGUGCUUCAAAUAAUGUUUAGGACAACGAAGUUGCUCCCCUUUCUGAAAAUUAAGCAGUAUUUUCCAAUUCAGAAGCUCAAUAGAAUCAAGAAUAGAUUUGAAGCAAUGAAAAUAUUAUGA